GCUACUUAAAAUAUUUAAAAUUAAUUUUUUUUUUUCUAAAAUUUAUACUGCGCUGUAUAAAUGAUGCUGUAUCUAAAUUUUAUUGUAGUAAGCUAACACUGUGAGAUUUUUUACUGAGUUUUUCCUCAUUUUACUAUCACUUGGCUAAUUUACCGUUAGUUGUGGUAUAAUUAAAAAACCUGUUUUCUACAUACAUAAGAAAGAAUAAAAACUCAGUUAUCUUUAAUCGUGCUAUCAUAAAAUAAUUUGAUAACAGAAUGAUAUUAAACACGUUUCUAUUUGUAUCAAUUUAGCUGAUGUUUUUGAGAAAGAUUUUUUAGUCUUCCCACAAAUGAUUAGUAGUCAGUAGAAAUAAAGUUUAAUUGUCAUUUAGUGAAUGUAGUUGGUAAUUAUGGAUAAAAAACGAAGUAAUGAUGAGAGUUGUAAACUCUCUUUGUCGGUUCAAAAUCUUGGAUUUGAAUGGAAUGUUAACAUCAAUUAUUUCAACAAACAUGAAAAUGAAUCUGAUGGUUCUGAUAAAGAAGAAUAUGAAGAACCCAAGAAGAAAAAAAUCCGUAAACUAAAUGCAGCUCAAAAGCGAGAAGAGCAAAAACAAGAAGAGUUAAGAUUGAGAAAAAUAGAACAAGAAUUAAUACAUAUUGAAACUAAUCCUCAAAAUGCAGAUCAUUUCGAUAGACUAGUUUUAGCCAAUCCCAAUAAUUCUCUUAUUUGGAUAAAAUACAUGGCUUGUCAUUUACAAGCUACAGAAGUAGAAAAAGCACGAGCUAUUGCUAAGAAAGCAUUAUCAACAAUAGAUUCAAGAGAAGAACAGGAAAAAUUAAAUGUGUGGACAGCUCUUUUAAAUUUAGAAAAUCUAUAUGGAACUAAAGAAUCAUUUAAAGAAACUAUGGAUAAUGCUCUACGUUCUAACGAUGAGUAUGAAGUCUACAAAAAAAUUUUAGAUUUACUUGCUGAAUCCAAUAAAAUAAAGGAACUUGAAGAAAUUGUAACAAAAAUAAAUAGAAAAUUUCGUGAUUCUAUUGAUGCUUAUUUUCACUGUGCUUUAGUUUAUUUUAAGUUGAACAAAGCUGGAAAGGCCAGAUUUAUUUUGCAAAAAGCAUUAUCACAUCUCCCCAUAAAAUCUCAUGUAUCUAUGAUAAGUCGCUUUGCAUUACUUGAAAACAGUAGAGGAUCACCUGAAGAAGCUCAAACAUUAUUUGAACACAUUCUUACGUCAUAUCCAUCACGAAUUGAUGUAUGGAGUAUAUAUAUAGAUAUGUUAGUGAAAUCAGAUAAAGUUGACCUUGCUAGACAUGCAUUAGAACGUGCAACAAUUCAAAAAUUAGCUCCAAAAAAAAUGAAAAGUUUAUUCAAUAAAUGGAUGAUUUUGGAAGAAAACCAUGGUAACUCAGAAGCUGUUGAAAAAGUUAAAGACAGUAUGAAAAAUUAUGUUAAUUUAGUUUUAAAGGAUAAAAAAUGAAUUUUUUAUAGAUAAUUGUAUUAUUAAUUAAAAGUAAUUGUUUUACUUACAA